AACUUUUCCAGCAAGCUUCAUGUUCAAAGAUGUGCACGUUCUCUGUGUUCCUUCCGCGUGCCUUACGGCCAUGACGACGUCAGGUUCCCGCUCUGACCUCACCUGUGUGGCGCAGACUGCGUGUGUGAAGCAGAAGAAGCAGAAGAUGGAGAUGAACGGGACGGAGCUCCACCUGUCCGAGUACGGCUUCGAGCGGCGCUUCGACGAGCGCGGGGCGAUCCAGUGGAUGCAGGCGAACUGGAGUAAGUCCUUCAUGUUCAGCGCUCUCUACGCUGCCCUGGUGUUUGCAGGCCAGCACUACAUGAAGCCCCGCCCCAAACUCAACCUGCGGCUGCCGCUGGUCCUCUGGUCGCUCAGCCUGGCUGUGUUCAGCAUCAUUGGAGCGGUUCGGACCGGUUCCUACAUGCUGCACAUCCUGAGCACUGGCGGCUUCAGACAGUCCAUCUGCGAUCAGAGUUUCUACAACGGACCCAUCAGCAAGUUCUGGGCCUACGCCUUCGUCCUGAGCAAAGCGCCGGAGCUGGGUGACACGGCCUUCAUCGUGCUGCGGAAGCAGAAGCUCCUCUUCCUGCACUGGUACCACCACAUCACCGUGCUGCUCUACUCCUGGUACUCCUACAAGGACAUGGUGGCCGGCGGCGGCUGGUUCAUGACCAUGAACUACACCGUGCACGCGCUCAUGUACAGCUACUACGCGGCGCGCGCCGCCGGCCUGCGUGUGCCCCGCCCCUUCGCAGUGCUCAUCACCAGCUCUCAGAUCGCUCAGAUGGUCAUGGGCGUGACGGUGAGCGCGCUGGUGUACCGCUGGAUGCAGCAGGGCGACUGCCCGUCCCGCCUCGACAACAUCACCUGGGCCUCCCUCAUGUACCUGAGCUACCUGCUGCUCUUCUCCAACUUCUUCUACCAGACGUACCUGCGGCCGCACGUCAAGACCACCAAGACCCAGUGAGGGCUGGAACCAGCUCCUCUUCCCGUCAGCAGAACCAGAACUCUGACUCUGCAGUUUUUACUGAACAGUGUUUACGGACCCCGAGCUGAAAAAGAAACUAUUUAUGACGUUUUUUAUUUAAUGAAAAGUAUUUAACUUUUUUCAGUUUCCUGAAUGACAUUCUGAAACUCUAAACACUGUUGGUUAAUCUGAUUGGCUCCCGAGAAACCCCGCCCCCUUUCCACUGACUGGUGACACGUGAUGGCGCUGAACUGGUGGCCUGAGCCUCCUGUGCUGCCAGUGACCGUGUAGCUCCGCCCACAGGGCUGUGCGAUCCGUGGAAGCGUCUGAGUUUCGAUGGACCGACGUGUUGGUGAGAAACGGUGAAGACGUUCUUCCUGCAUGAACACGCCCCUGUGAGCCGUCUCAGAGGAACCAAUGUUUCACAUUUAAUUUAUUGCUGAGAAAAUAAAGACGUUUUUUACUGUAAA